UAACUAAAUAGGUGAACCAACAUAUCGAGUCUGCAUUGCGAUGUCACGUUGACGCGGAGCGUGACAUCUUAUGUCUGUUUAGCUUGUUGGGAUGCUAGCUAGCUAUUAGCUACUUCAGCUAGCGUCAUCCAAAGUUAGCCUUUGUUGCCCUCGCGAGUUAACGAGAUGACGUCAGGACUAACACACUUGCGCGUGUGCGUCUCGAUGAAAGGUGGCCUCAGACGGAAACACACCAUUAAUGUCUGCAGAGAAGAUGGAGACAACAGCCAGUGAGUCCAAUGGAGCAGGGCCUGUAAAUGAGGGAGGAAAAGAUAACGCCCUCAGCCUCGAGGAUCUGUCUGAGUUGCUGGCAGCGGGGACCAAGGAGGUUCACGAAAAGGCUGAGAAUACCCAGUUUGUGAAAGAUUUCCUCAGGGGACGCAUCCGCAAAGAGCUCUUCAAGCGUGGCGCCGUGGCACUCUACUACACGUAUACAGCCAUGGAGGAGGAGAUUGAAAGGAACAAAGAGCACCCCCACUUUGCCCCUCUUUAUUUUCCCACAGAGCUGAACCGCCACGAGGCCCUGGCCCGUGACCUUGAGUACUUUUAUGGCCCUGACUGGCAGAGCCAGGUCAGCUGCUCCCAGGCCACCCAGCGCUAUGUGGACCGUAUUCAUCAAGUAGGCCAGGAGGACCCAGUUCUGCUGGUGGCCCAUGCCUACACCCGCUACAUGGGGGACCUGUCUGGGGGACAGGUGCUGAAGAAGGUGGCACAGAGAGCCAUGAAGCUGCCGGCCACAGGGGAGGGCCUUGAAUUCUACCAGUUUGAUGGCAUCAAUAAUGCCAAAGCAUUCAAGCAGCUGUACCGUAGUCGGAUGAAUGAGCUGGAACUGGACAUGGACAUAAAGAAGAGACUGGUGGCGGAGGCGGUCAAGGCCUUCCAGUUCAACAUGGAGGUGUUUGAGGAGCUGGAAGAGAUCGGCGGAACCAUCCAGGAGGACGUUUUGGAUGCUGGCAUGUCUGUCCAUGGAGCAGUGGGCGGAGACAUCAGCAAGUGUCCCUACUACAACGCCAAAAUGGCGGCGUCGGGCUGGACGGCGUACGGCUCUCAGGUCGCCAUGGCUGUACUCCGACACCCGACUGGACAGGUUCUGUUUGCCGCCUGGUUCGCCGCUCUGGCUGGAUUGGCUGCGUGGUAUCUGAUGUGAUCCGGCCGACACGCCACCUCUGCAAGAGAAAGGGAGGAGUGAGGAUAGUCAGGAGUGCUAUAGAAACACUCCAUCAAGCCGUAGACCAUUUUAUAGUUUCAUACAAAGAACAGGUCCAAGUUUGUUUAGUGUUGCAUGUUUGCGAACACGAGGGACUGGCCAGAAAUAAACUAGGAAAUGAUUAUUGCCAAUGGAAACCCCUUAAAAUGAUCUGUAGGACCAUUAGGAUGACCUCUCCAAGCACCCAUCCAUUAGGAUGCACCUUGUUGCCAUUUAUCCUCCGGUCUUAUUAUUCCUCUAACUCCUCUGCUCUAUCCCUCCAUCCAUCUUCCAGUGUGGAAGGACACGAUGUUAAUACCGAACUUAUUGUGAAGUUACAUUGCUGCCCAAUUUUCAAUUAAACUGCCAGGUCGAGAAGCAUGGCAACCAUGUGUAAUUGACUAAAAUGUGAUGGUUUGUUAAUUCCACUCAACGGGAUUCUCAACAUUAAUUCAUGAUGAAACACGAGCAGAAUAGCACAGAGUGUUUUUGCUGGUCACACGGCUGUGUUGAUGUCGGAUGAGGCCGUUUAUUUAUUUCCAUUCAAAUAUUUUAAUUUGACCAGAGAGAAAGAAAGUAAUGUACGAGUCAGUAAUACCACAGUAUCUUUUUUCCCUUCUCCACAUUGGUUGAAGUUCCAUCGAUAACAUUCAGACACAGUGCAGUUGUAUUCUUGGAAAAAAAAAUACAUGAUCACAUUUCAGGAUUCAAACAUUGCCUCAAAUAUUUGCAAAGCGUUUUCACAGGUCGUGCUAUGAGACUCAAAAAGCUCCCGUUUAUUUUUUUCUCACAAUAUAGCACACCUCCACUUUGACAAGUGUAUGAUUAACAAACAUCUUUCAGUGACUAUAGCAGAUAUUUGAGUAUCUACUGAUGCAUGUUCUAAUGUACUAUUUCGCUGCGUCAGAAUUCUAUAUAUAUGGCAUCUUGUAUUUAUACAAAACCAACCUGCCCGUUGUUGGAUAUGCAUUGCUUAACUAUACAAGAUGAAUGACGCUGUUCUACCUGCCACAGGAGCCUAUAUUAGGACACAGGUGUUCACAGAUGUGAUUGCAGCUGCUUUAGAAGGUACUUAUCUUUUUCUAAUGUUAACGAUUGUCUAGAUGAAGGCUGGAUGUCUCCGGAGGGUUGUGGUUUAUUCUGAACUACUUCAGGUUAAGUUAUGGAUAAACCAGCACGCAUCAUCACUAAAACUAAUCAUUAUUCAUUUUACGUUCAUACUGCAAGUGUGGGAUCAACUUUACCAGGAAAUGCACAAUUAUGUCAGGUGAGGAAGAAUAAUGUGUUCUGUGUGUUCUGUCUGACGUGUAUUUGCACUGUUUUGCGAUUUGAAGUUAAAAAAAUGAUUCUCACAGUAUUACAGUACACUCUUUAUUUACCUUUGCUUCAUCUUUCCAAGGAGUUGGUUGUUUUUUGUUGUCGCUUGGAUUAGUUUAAUGCAGAGUACCAAAAGAAACCUGCGGAAGAAAACAUUUCAAGGAACUGUGCUUUGUGUAUUUGUACAUGUUCUCACACGAUGUAGUUUGGAUGCACGGUGUUCAGUCAUUAGCAACACCCGUUCAGAUGGUGACGCCAUGAUGGGUUUUGUGUUCGAGUCUCAGGUUCUUGUGGAAGUCAGACGGCAAAACAAUGCAUUGCAUAAGGAAGGACAUGACGGUGACUGCCCUCGCUCAUCGUCCAUGUUUUAUUUUAUUUUUUGAUGCCAUUGUGAUGUCAAAAUGCUACUGUAUUUUCUGGAUGUACCGAGGGGACGAUUUCUUGAAUCUCAGGAGUUUGUGUCAUUGAUUAAACCUUUAGAUUAAACUGAGUGGGAUGCUUGACUAAUUCAUUUAUAUUUUUAAUUUGUUUUUAUUAGCUCUGCUCUUAUUCCCUUUGUCUCUAACUGGGCAAAGCUUGAGUGUUUGGCGAGAAUACCCCUUGUAUCGCUCCCUAAUUAAAUAAAUGAUUCCUGUUCAAUGAAAUAAAGGUGAUUCAUUUGGA